UGAAAAUGAAAGUCUCAUCUUGAGAAAAACAACAGUAAAAUAUUUCUACAUUUCAGGGUACUUUGUGCUUUUUUUAUUCUACAGAAUCAAACAACUUGUGUUGUCAUUUUUCAUGAUGUCUCCUUUUCACUCAUUUCUUCUCGUUCCAUCGAACAACUGUUGAACCAGUCAGAUCAGCGUUGUGCAAAUCUUCAAGGUGAAUGUGUCUGUAUGAAUGUACACUUCACAGUUGAGCUUUGACACACUGAGCUCCUAUCCAUCCCACUGAUUGAAAUAUCAGAAGCCAAAGAUGUUGCAACUUGUCCCAGGAAGGGCGGUAGAGAGAAAAAUAUCCUACCGCAUACUGAUUGUUGGAAAAGUUUUGGAAAGGAAUGACCAAUGCAGAAAAUACUGAUGGACUAAUGCUGAUAAUCCACUGAGAGAUAAAUCACAGGCUGGAUUUUCACCUGCUUCCCAGAGACCAAGCCCUGUCGGCUGUUUGGGGUCACGUGACCAGAGAAAGGAGGGGUAGAGGAUUUGGGAGGAAGAGUAGAAAGCCCAGGUGAGACCACCUCCACAACUCAAAUCUUACCUUUACUCUCCAGGCAACACCUAAUACCUGCGCUCAGCUCUAACAACAAACUGGAUACAACUGGAAAACCAUCAUAUUAAUAUUUAUUUUCUAUUCUUUUUCAUCUGGAUGUUGGGAUGCAUUUUAGAAAACCACCAUCCAUUUAAGAGUCAAGCUGUCCCCUUUUCAGUGGACAGACACCUAACAUUAGACUUUUCAUAUAUUGGACAUGUUUGGCCCGAGGCAGCUGGUAUCUACUCUCCUGCCUGCAGUCUUCCAUUCGCCUGCAGCCCACUUUUUUCCUGCAUUCCCAACCAGACUGAGCUCUCAACCUCAGAUCCUGAUCCCGGGGCCCUUUAUCAGCUACGAGUCCCUGAGAAGUUAUCUUCAGCCGGAGCCAUGCAAGGAGGCUUUGCUGCUGGCCACACAGGCAGUUGGGAUGGGGCAGCUCACAGAGGUCAUGGAUGAACAGAGGCCAGUGAAGCAGCGUCGUGCGCGGGCCAACUACAGCAGCUGGCAGCUGGAGGAGCUGGAGAAGGCCUUCGAGACCACCCACUACCCUGACAUCUUCAUGAGGGAAGCCCUGGCUGUUAGACUGGACCUCAUCGAGGCCAGAGUGCAGGUUUGGUUUCAGAACCGACGGGCCAAGAUGAGGCGACAGCUGAAACUGCAGGGCCAGCUUGCAGGGCAUUAUGCAAACAGAGACAUUGAUGAAACGUCUGAGAAACAGAGCAGAGGUUUAAAACCGCAGACAGAGAGUUCUGACAGUGAGCACUGGGAGAGACGACAGGAAGGAGACAACAAUCCAUGGACAAAAACUGUGUGUGCCGCGAUGAGCGUGCCUAUGCAGCCUGUGACUCAAAGGUCAGGGAAAUGGGAGAGACCGGAGGGGCCGGAGGGGCCGAGCUCAGAGGAUCUCCGCUCCUGCAGCAUCGCCAAGCUGAGGGCCAAAGCCCGAGAGCACGAGGCCGAGAUCCACAGCACUGUGAGCACGUCAGGAGGCGACACACAAACACAGGAAGCUGAUGCCAAGCAAGAUGAUUGAUCAUUUCACAACCUUCCUGUUUGUACAGAUAAUCUUAGCCUACAGAACAGUCUGUACGAUAGUGUGGCAUUUCAAAUAUUUUUUUAAGUUAAGUAACUCUAUUAUUUAGCCAACAUUCCUUUUUUUGUCAGACAAAAUAUUUGUUAUUUUUUUUAAAUAAAAUUAUAAA